CCUGAUUUGCGUCGUAUGCUGUGUCGUCACGUCCUGUGGUGUUGAGCUGGAGAAGAUGGCGGCUGUUGUAGUGAGCGCUGAUGGAGGAGUCGCGCCGCUGGAUUCGGGAUCAGUUUCGCCGCGGUUACCGUCACCUUCCCCGGAGCAGCCGCACCAGAAUAACGCGCUGCUAGGACUCCCGAUCGUUGCCAUCGACAACAUACUGAACUUCCUGACGUACGACGAGAUCAGUCUGCUGAGACUGGUGUGUAAACGUAUGGAUAUGAUCUGUCAGCGCAUGCUUAACCAAGGCUUUCUGAAAGUGGAACGCUAUCACAGUCUGUGUCAGAAACAAGUGAAAGCCCAGCUGCCGAGGAGGGAAUCUGAGCGGAGGAAUCACUCGUUGGCGCGUCAUGCAGACAUUCUAGCUGCGGUGGAGACGCGACUGUCGCUCCUCAACAUGACCUUCAUGAAAUAUGUGGAUUCCAAUCUGUGUUGCUUUAUUCCUGGAAAGGUAAUAGAUGAGAUUUAUCGUGUUUUGCGGUACGUCAACUCCACACGUGCUCCACAGAGAGCUCAUGAGGUUCUUCAGGAACUGAGAGACAUCUCCUCAAUGGCCAUGGAGUAUUUUGAUGAGAAGAUCGUCCCCAUCCUGAAGAAGAGACUCCCUGGAGCUGAUCUCUCUGGACGUCUGAUAGGAUCUGCUCCGGUGGCCGGUCCCUCCACCUCUCUGACCACCAUGUCCCUGCUGGCCAAAAACACGCCGUCGCGCUCCGAGAUGACCAAAGUCCAGCAGCAGGUGAAGGUGAACGGAGCGUCGAUGGUCGCCCUGCGGCGGGAGAUGCAGGAGGUGCGCGUCAAACAGCUGGAGCAGCAGAAACAGCUGCAGGACCAGGAGCAGAAGCUUCUGGAGCAGUCGCAGGUGAUCGGUGAGCAGAACGCCCGGCUGGCUGAGCUGGAGCACAAGCUCAGGGAACUGAUGGACAGCGCGGCGGCCGCCUCCACGAGCGCAGCUAACGGCACAGAGGACGAGAGCAACACGGCCAUCAAGCGAAAGUGCUCCGACAGCCCGCGACACUCCAAACGCCUGCGCAGCAAAAAAUAGGAGACGUUUCAAAACGUGUAUAUUUUUACAUUUUCAUUUUGCUUCCUUCAUACUAUAUCGAUUCUUAUUUCUUAAGUGUCCCUCCAGCGGUGAAGCAGAUGUCGCAGAGAGGCGAGAAAUGAAAGGACAGUUGAAAACUAGAGGGUUUUUUCUUUUAUCAAUGGUUUGGUUUCCCUCAUUAAAUAUUACACUAACGCUCGAAGCCCCAUCGCUUAUUUUUAAUGUUUGGCGUCGGCCUUGAGCUGUACAUUUUCCCAAGGAAACAUAGCAGAAAUCAUUGAAUGUGCAAAGCUUUAGUGAAAUCGGACACUCGCAAGAGCUCGGUGCUCGUCUCCAUAUGGACAGCACGUAGUAAACGCGAGUAUGAAGCAAGCCGCUUGCCCCUGAAGACGCUGGCGGCGCGCAUACCUAGCUUCUUUGGCCCUCGGCAGUAGCCGUUUCAGAUGAGAUCUCCCCCUUUUGAAAUGGACGACACAAGCCUACCAGACUACUAAGUUGUAUUGUUGUAUAAACCGUAAAUAUCAGCUUUGUUCUGUGUUCUACGAGUUAAAUAUUUCGUCUGCGAUGUGCUGUAACAGUUAGAGCAAAUUAAAGGUCAUUGCAGACGUCUACAGGUGUAGCAUACACGAUGAUGAUAUUGUCAGUCACUGGUCAGGAUAGUGUCUUGUAGGUGUCAAUGUUAUGUUGUACCUGCCACUGUUUGUAGGUGUAUUAUUUUCUGCAAAUAGAAUUGUGUCAGUGCAAUAAAAAAACAAAAAUGUGGAAAGCCUUG